GCGCCUUCUUCCUGCGGCGGAGUGACAUCUCUUGUUCCCUCGCAGAUCUUUGGCCGAGUCUGUCGGUUAAAGUGAUCACCUGCUGGCGUUGCGUCUGUGAGGGUCGUGUUUACAUUUUUUCCUCCUCCUUUUCGUUUUCCACCUCCAGGCCGCCGUCAGCGGAGGGUAACAGGAGACUGCGGCCGCACACGAGCAUCACGGGGCGGCGUCAGACACGGAGAACCGGCCCGCAGUUAACGGCGCCUGUCUGUGGAUUUGACUUUGAAUAAGCGCUGCCUGUCCGCCAGCUUUAGGUCUGAGACAUGAGCGGAAGAGUUGGAGACCUCAGUCCUAAGCAGGCUGAGGCGCUGGAACAAUUUCGAUCGAAGGUACAAGACAUUCUUCCUCAACUUCCUGCACAGCAUGACCACUUCCUGUUGCGCUGGCUCCGAGCGAGGAACUUCAAUGUGCAGAAGUCAGAGGCCAUGCUGCGAAAGCACCUGGAGUUCAGGAAACACAUGAAAGUAGACGCAAUAAUCACCGACUGGCAACCACCAGAGGUGAUAGAGAAGUAUCUCUCAGGAGGAAUGUGUGGCUACGACCGCGAAGGGAGCCCCAUCUGGUACGACGUGAUUGGGCCCGUGGACCCCAAAGGACUCUUCCUGUCUGCGUCCAAGCAGGACUUCAUCAAGUCCAAGAUCAGAGACUGCGAGAUGCUGCAGAAGGAAUGCAACCUGCAGUCAGAGAGACUGGGCAGGAAUAUCGAGUCAAUCACGAUGAUCUACGAUGUUGAAGGUCUGGGACUGAAGCACUUAUGGAAACCUGCGAUAGAAACAUAUGGAGAGAUCCUCCAGAUGUUUGAAGAUAACUACCCAGAAGGCCUGAAGAGGCUGUUUGUAAUUAAGGCUCCUAAGCUCUUUCCAGUGGCCUAUAACCUCGUCAAGCACUUCCUGAGUGAAAUCACGCGACAAAAGAUCAACAUCCUGGGGGGAAACUGGCAGGAGGUUUUACUGAAGUACAUCGAUGCAGAAGAGCUGCCGGCCAUUUAUGGAGGGAAGGCGACGGAUCCUGAUGGAGAUCCUCGCUGUCGGACCAGGAUAAACCAUGUUGGACCAGUUCCUCCUUCCUACUACGUGCGGGAUCACGUCAACGUGGAUUACGAACACUGCCUGACCGUCAAUCGAGGUUCUUCCCAACAGAUGGACUUUGAGAUCUUGUUCCCGGGCUGCGUCCUCCGGUGGCAGUUCGCCUGCGAGGGCGCAGACAUCGGCUUUGGGGUGUUUCUAAAAACCAGGAAGGGUGAGUGGAAGAAAGCGUCUGAAAUGCAGGAAGUGAUUCCCAGCCAGCGGUACAACGCUCACCUGGUUCCUGAGGACGGGUCGCUGACCUGUGAGCUUCCAGGAGUCUAUGUGCUGAGGUUUGACAACACGUACAGCAUCUUCCAGGCCAAACGGGUCAGCUACACGGUGGAGGUUCUGCUGCCGGACCGGCUCCAGUCCCAGCGGGAAGCCCAGACCAAUGGGACCAGUGAGGGGACCAGCGAGAAGUCCAGUGAGGGGACCAGCGAGAAGUCCAGCGACCAGCUGCAAGACGCACAAACUCGGCUCUGAAGAUAAGUUCAGGAUCGAUUAAACGAUGAAACAAGCACAGCCUGACGUACUUGAUGUAAAUAGAACCAUGCUGCUCUCGCAUUUUUACUUGAAAGUCCAGUUUAAUGCUACGGCUUGGUACCAACUCUGUUUCAAAUGUUUUGUUCAACCAAAAAUUAAUCAAAAAUUAGUUCAAAUUAUAGUUUUUUUUUUCUCUCCUUCUAUUAUUUAAAAAAACAAUCAAAAAUGAAUCAUGAAGUCUUUGAGGAGUAACAGUGGGCAAUAAAUAUGCAAAGAUAAGUUUUGAUUUAAAAUCAGAAAUGAAGUUUUUCAAAUCAAAUUUGAACUAAUAACAUUCCUGUUGGUUUGCUAAGAGAAAUCAGACUGAAUCCAGAAAUUGUAGAGCUCUGAAUUUUUUUCUUUAUGCAGUUCUUCAAACUUUUCAGUCCAGUUCAAAGCAUAAGAUGCAUUCAAACCACCUGGCGUUUAAAGCAUCGGCUCCUACCAGGACUAAUGGAGGGGUGGCAACAACAUUUACAUUUCCAGAUAGAAAAAACACAUUUGUGCUAAACUAUAUUCCUAGAAAAAUAUUUACUUAAUUACAAUUAACUAACAACUUCAAAACUAAAACAAUCUGGGCCCAAACAAAAUCCAAAAACAUCCCCCCCCCUCUCAAUCUCAACAAUGGAUUUUCCCAGUGAGGCUGAUUGAAAACACCAGGUCAUUUCCAUGGCAACGCAUGACCAGGUGACCUCAAAGAGACGAGAGAACGAUUAAAACAAAAUAUUAAAUAAAGGUAUUUACUUCCUCCAAACAAAAGCAACACAUUUACCAGAUAAAUUAGAAUAUAGGAAGCACAAAAACAGCAACUGUUGGGGAGGAGAUCAAUUCCACAAGCCACAUGUCAAAACGUUCAGUUUGAAGGAUUCAAUUUGAGAUAAAGUGAAUUUAUUUCAUACGUCGGCCAUACAAAGAAAAUAAUAAAAUAAAAUUACAGGAAUAAAGUCAUAAACUUACAACUUUAUUCUCAUGACUUGUAUUUUUAUUUUCUUAGUGUAGCUCUAUUUUGAUGUAUCAAUUUCAAGAAUGCUAAUAAAUGAAGUUUUUCUUUAUAAUAAAAUAUAAUAAGACUUGGUAACAUUUAUUUAGUGUCUGUUAUGUUUAUAAAAUCCCUGAUGUCAAAUUUAACUGCAUUGAUAGACAAUCAGUGACAUAAUAUUAUGCAAUAUUCAUCUAUUUGCCUAAAACUUUUGCAAACUGUUUUUGCAAAUUAGAUGUAGAGAAAUGCAAUCGCUGUUAAGAGAAUUAAAUGUUAUUUUCACAAGAAUUGAUCAUUUAAUAACAAUAAGCGAAUUAAUAUUAUUUUUAAGCAUCAAUUUGACAAAAUGGCUGUUUGAACGAAUCUUCCCAUCGUCCGUUCCACCAGAGCAUCAAAAUGUAUCAAUAUAUUUGAAGAUAUGACUGAAUGUCAUUAUUUCAUAAGUUUUAUAUUGAAAGUUAGUCAAGCUCAACCCGGCUACGGACGACGUGAUUGGUCUGCAGCUGUGCAUGUUAACCAAUCAAAUGUCAGGAUCUAUAAAAGCAUAGCUUUCUGAUAGCUAAAUCAUUUAACAAUUACCUGUAAAAUAACUUGGUUAUGUUACGAUGGUAAUGAAAUAAUUAUACAAUUUUUUUAUUA